UUGAAAAUGGCGGAUGUUUUGGAAGAAAGUGUUGCUACUCCUCUAAAUCUCUUACUAAAGGCGAAAUCAAAAGAUAUAGUUCGAAAUCUUAUUGAGGAUGGAUUCUUGUAUCGGGCAUCAAAUGUGCCUUCAUCUGUUGUCAAGGCUGCCUCUGGAUUAUUGUCAGUUGAGCUCAGUGAAGCAGAAGAGCUCAUGAACAGCAUUGUGACACUAGUACAGGUGACACUUUAUCACUCUACCGCUGACCCACAAGAAAUCUCCAAGGUUUUCCCAGAUGGUUUCCACAAGAAUUUACGAGAUCUGCUUUCAAGAAUUAUUGCUGAAAAAAUACAAUCCUGGAGAUCGUCGUCGAUUAACGAUCAGGUCUCUCUCCCUCAUCUGCUGGACUUUGAUUGGAGAGUCGAUGUAAAGACGUCAUCAGAUGCUAUAACGCGCAUGUCUAUUCCAACGUGUAUUAUGCAACUAAAAGUUGAAGAAAAUGCUAAAUGCAAAGAAGCAAUGCCUACCCUACAUUGUGUAAACGUCGAACUAACGAAGGAAAAGCUCGACACUGUUUUAGAUGGUUUGGGAAAAAUCAGAGACCAGCUGUCCUCAGUUGCCAAAUAAUGAGCUAUUCAUAAAUAUAUUUUUAUUAUACUGUCAAAUCUCGAAAUUAAAAGUGUUCCUUUCCACUCGCUUUCCUGGAUUCCUUCAGUCUUUUUCCCAACCUGCUAAUCUGCGAAGCUCACAAGACAAGUUUGAAGCAUGUACUUGAUUUGAGGAGACUGGGAUGGCGCUAUUCAAAUGUCACAUUCUACGAGAGUUAGAAUAGAAAAAGAGAUACACGACAC